AUUGAAAAAAGAAAUGAUGAAUAACAAGAGGGUUAGCAACCAAACACGCGAGUCUCAACAAGUCUUAAUACAAUAUGUGUAGUUGGUAGCAGUCAUAUACGCAGUUAAAUUAGGUUAUAUGGAUGCUCCUCUCUUUCCUUAUUUUACCUGUGAUAAACGUGAGUGAAUAAAAGUAACAACCAAUUUUGUGAUCACAUAAGCAUAUUUAUGUUUUUAUAAAAAACAGAAAUUGACAAGUUGAAAUACAGUUGAUUUUUCAUGACUUCCACUUAUAUUAGAUGUUUGGGAUUACCGUAAAUUUAUAGUAUAGUUUGUCAAAAGUGUAACAAAGACUGUUGAGCGUCGAGAGAAAAUUUUCUAAUUUUCUGUUCAGCUAUAUAAAGUUGAUACUUGAGUUUUUUUCGUUGUUAAAAUCGCAAAUAUAUUUAGAUUGUCGGAGCAACUCACUUAUUGUUAGAAUAAAAUCAGCAAAAACUAUUAACGAUGACUUACCCGGGAAUGGCGUUUGUUUUUGUGGUUGGAGUUAGUUUAGCUACGAUUUUGUAUUACAUGUUUGCCGAUUCAAAUAAUUCUCAUCAGAAUAAUGCCCAUGGAACUAAUGGAAGUGGGCCACCUUCUGAAAUUCCACAUUCUUGGACUAGAUCAAAUAAUACUAGACCAAGACAGAGAAGAAAAGGAUCUAAUGCAAUCGAUGUAACUAAUGAUUGUACAAUUUGUUUAAAUGAAAUAGCUGUACAGCAUGUUAGCACUCAACGAUGUGGUCAUUCGUUUCAUAAAAAAUGCAUCCAGGAUUGGCAACAACGAGGAUCAAUGGUAACACCUACUUGUCCGAAUUGCCGGACAAGAAUUGAUAAAGUAUAUUGAGUACAUUUAAUCAGUUUAUGGUACAAAGAUUAAUAUUGUUAAAGCUAUAAAUAGUUUCAAAUCAGUCUUAUAAUUUAUGAAACUAUUAAUACUUAUGUGAAUGCUGGACACGUUUCAUUUUGGUAUUAUUUUAAAUUUAGAUAAAUGGAGUUAAUUGUUGAUUUAUUGUUGCAUUAAGUUUACUAAUUGUCUUCAGUACAAAUUGUUGCUUUAUCAGAUUUCAAAUCUAAAUGAAAUCAUACUGUACUAACAGCCAAAUUUGGUCGAUUAUUUGAAGUUUGACAUCAAAAAAAAGAUUCUAAAAUAAUGAUUUUUCUGAAAUCUAAUAAUUAUAUGCCUUCAAUUUCAUCGCCGAUUAAAAAAAAAGCUAAUGAGCAAUUAAUAUAGAAUCAUAUAAAUUUAUUUAUCGGAGUAUUUUGUUUUUGUUCUGAACGUUUUUGGUUAGUUACAAACUUUUUAAGAAUUUCCAAAAUAAUAUAUGGCUAGAGAAAUAAUUAUCUUUUUACAAUUUAAAAAUAAUCAUGUAAAUAAUUUCUAUGCAACAAUUUUGUUCAAUCGAAUUUAGUUUUUUACUUCGAUAUAAAUGAAUGAUUAUUACGAAAAUAAUUAAAUGAAAGCUAUGCAACUUGAGAAAACGGUGAUUUUUUGAAAGUUUAAAGAGCGUGUGAUUAAAGUAAUAAUCAUAAAUAGAGACUAAUGUGAUAAAAUAAAUUUAGUUUACUUCCAAAUGAAUGCUUUAACAACUCGGGCUGUUCAUAAUACUACAUCGAAUUAUUACAAGUUUAUGGCGGUUAUUAAUAAUAAAUUAUUUGUCGUUUUAGUAAUAAAUUUUUUAUAAAAAGUUCCCUUAGAUUCAAUAUAUGUAAUUUUAGUCGACAGAAUAAACUUUCUUAUAUUAACUAUGAACGAGCAGAAAAUUACAAAAUAAAGACUAAAAAAUUAACUAGGAUUCAAAUGAUUAUGUAAUCAUCAAUUUUUAGAUAACUUUCUGCAUAUUUUCUGUAUUAACUGUAGAAUAUCUUAAAGACAAUUUGAUUGUUGAAAAACAAAUUAAAAAGAAGAAAUGCAAAAAGUUGUUUAUUUUAUGCUCAGAGAUGAUUCUAAAUAUAACAUGGAUACAUUUUAUUGAAAAUAACUUAAUCAUUGUAGUUAUCACCUUUGAUAGGUUGACAGUUGCCCCAAAUAUAAUAUUUAAAAAAUAUAUAUCAAGCAACAUUUCUAAAUCAAUUCUUGAUACUAUAUAAAUAGAUGAAAUUAUAUAAAGAAAGAAUACAAAUGAAUGAGCAAUUGUAUCAUAUAAUAUUUGACAAUGAAUUAUAAUAAUCAAUUAUAUAAUUAAAUAUAAACUUCUCAUGACUUAAAAUUUCAUGUUUAAUAUAUUCUUGAUUGACUAAGAGUACUUUGUAACAUUCAAAGUGUUUACUAAUAAAUGUAUUUGGCAAUCAUCGUA